CGCUGGUGCAGAGGCAGGAAAGCUCUCAGCAUCUCCCCGCAGCACUUUUUUCCCCAGGGAUAGGGGGGGGAUUUCUUUUCCUUUUCCGCCACCUUUGAAAGCUGCCUGCGGAGAUGUGAAGCCGACAUGCACCCAGAGGCACCCCCAGGCACUUUUCUGGCUGGGCAGGAGAAGACCGAGCAGCAGCAGAGCCAGCUCGGCUCAGAAACCUGCCCCAGGCUUACUCCGGGGCAGAGAUCCACCAGGUCCUUGCUAUCAAGAAGGCCUCAUCUCCAGAUCCCACCUCUGUCCCCAUGGCAGGGGAGCCUCGCGUCCCCCUGACCCUGCACCGCUCCCGGCUGAAGGCUGAGGAGAAAACCCUGGAUUUUGAGUUCGAGGUGAUCAGUGCUCAGUUUAACCGGCAGGGCCGCUACGCCCUGCGGCUCACCGUGGAGAACCCACUGCUGCGGGGCUCCGGCACCGGCGUUCAGCUCCGUAACAACAGUGGGGAGGUCAUCCAAAGCAGCACCGGCACCACCGACACCAUCGAGCAGAGUGACCUCAAUCAGAUCUAUUCCUUCCAGAAGAAGAAAUUCACCUUUACCCUGCCCAGAGGUUUCUGCAAGAACGACAAGAACCACGACGCGCGGCUCCGUGUCGAGGCCCUGCGCUUCCCCGGGAGGGCAGAGAGGAUGACGAAGAGGAGCAGGCUGGUGGGCGAAGCUUUCUUUGCCAUCUACCCCCGCACCAACCAGCCUCGGAUGAAGGUCUCCGCUGGAAGGGACGAGGACUGGUACCACUACAGCGCCAUGAUGGCUUUGCUACGGGUGGGCAGCGAGCAGCCAGCGAUGCACUGCGGCCGGCUGACCUUCACCGCGUCCCUGCACGAGCACCGGCCACCCACCACGUUGGCUUCACCCCCACCGCUCCCCCCCAGCACCCAGGGUGGGGACCGGCAAGCAGCAGCUCCAGCAUCAUCCCCAACCCCGGACAUCCCUGUCCCCAGCCGCUCACUCUGUACACCUGAGUCCGCUUACCACUCGCUGCCCGCCAAGGACCAUGCUCACUCCUCUGAGAAGCUGCGGGCUGACCGUACACCCAGCUCCUCCCCGGAGCUCCGGGGUGACUCAGCAGACGAGCAUCCUUCCUCCUCCUCUUCUUCCUCGCUGCCUGCCCUCGCCGCGCCGAGCCGCAGCAGCUUCCACCUCUCCGAGCCACGCUACAGCCCGGAUCCCACCUCCUCGCCAGCGCAGGUAUCCGAGUCUCCCGCCGGGACGGAGGAGCCCAGGCACGCACCAGGGGCUAGCGGGGGGCAUGUUGCCCGCGUGGGGAAGGAAGCCGUCACCGUCACCCUCCACGGCGCCAGCAACCUGCCGGCCACGUGGGACGGCCGGGUGCCGCGGCCAUACGUCGUCGUCGGCAUUGUCACUAAGACCAGCGGAGGGGAUGAACGGAAGGUGGAGGCGCGGGCCACCCACGCGUCCUCGGUGCCCACCCACGCGCCCACCUGGGAGGAGGAGCUGACGGUGGAAAUGGAUGCUGAAGAUGCAGGCCGGGCGGCCCUGACCCUCACCGUGGCAGACAAAGCCACCAAGGAGGCGUUGGGGACCUUCCAGCUGCCCGUGCGGCACCUCCAGCCCUUCCAGCCCCACUGCUGCAAGCUGGUGCUGCCAAGGGCGUGGGACCCCACGGGGACGGUCCUGAACGUCACCGUCAUCCGCAAAGGGACCUUCAUCCCUCGCUGCGGUGGAUUGAGCUACGUGGCCCUGGAGGUGCUGCUGCGGGGGCUGUCAGCCCCCCUGGCCGCCCCCCCUGGGGCCCUCGUCGCCGUGGCCAGAGUUGUGACCAAUGUUCAGGAGUACAAGCACCGCGUGGAGAAACAUCCCGGCGCCUGUCCCGGCAUCAGCCCCACCACCGUCACCUUCCCGGACCCUCCGGCAUCAGCCUUCAGCAUCGCUCGGGCUUCCAACCACGGCUACCCGCAGAUGUCCCGACCAGCUGGAACCCCAGAGCAGCCGACCUGGGACACCUCCUUCCUCUUCCAUGGCCGAGAUGUGGCCACCAUCUUCUCCGAAGACACGGCCCUGGCGAUCGAAUAUUAUCCAUACAAAGCCAUUUGGGAUGCUCCGGGCACCCUCAUUCCCACGGGAUACUCGGUGCUGCCCCUCACCAGCCGUGUUUUCCGAGAGCUGGCAGCGCGGAGCGGCGGGAUGCAUGUGGACGGCCUCGCCGUGCGGGGCGCGCACCUCAAAACCACCACCGGGACCAUCCCCACCGUGGGGCUCUGCCUGCGGCUCCUUCGAUCCGAGAGACCCCCGGCGUUGCCGACCCCGUCGGGCAGCGAUGCCCUCCCCAGCCCGGACCCCGUCGCCGGCGCGCUCGAGAGGGGCCGAGAGCUGCGGGCAGCCCCCCUGCGCCCAUUUUAUGGCCAGCUCCACCGAGACGACGUGUCCCUCCCGGCAGCUGACGCUGUGGCCAGCAUCUUGCCCGGAAAGCAGCCGUUCCCACACAGGAUGGGAGUGCCAUCAGAGCAGCGGAGGUCCCAGGUCAUUGGGGACCACCAGGAGCCGGUGAGUGUUGGGGAGGCCGGAGGAGCAGGGGACAGUGGGGGCACCGGGGGGGACAGCAGCGUCCUCGAGGUGGGUCCCGGCUACCACGGGGACCGAAAUCAGGCUGCUGUGGGCUCUACGCUGCCGGAGGUGGGCAGCUACCACCUGGCACUGAGACGGAUGGCAGGGGACCUCCUGUCCCUGCGCCGGCACGUCGCCAGCCUGGAGGUGGAGAACGGGCACCUGCGGCGCAGCCUGACCUCGCAGGAGGAGCUGGGCCACACUCUGCUCCACGACGCGGACCUGGACGUCAUGACCCGGGAGGAGCUGCUGGAUAGGCUCGCCACCCUCAAGUGCAAGCUGGUGGCCGGCACGGCGGAGAUGAGGAGGCUGAAGGACCGUGUCCAGCAGCUGCAGAACGAGCUGAUCCAGAAAAACGACCGGGAGAAAGAUUUGGUGCUGCUCCAGCGAGCCCACCGGCAGCAGCAAGCCACGCUGAGGAGGUGCCAGGAGAAGGUGGCCAAGACUAAGGGCUUGGAGGAGACGGUGCGGCAGCAGCAGAAUGUGAUCGAGGCGAUGGAGCGGAUGCUGCAGAAGAAGCUUGCCGGGGUGGGCAGGAGCGCUGAGAAGCCGGCGGGUGAAGCCCUCUCCGAGGAGGCGCAUGCCGUGCUGCUGGCCGAGAACCGCAGGCUGCGGGAGGAGCUGGCGAGACCCCCCAACCCCUCGCCCCCCAUCGCCCCACACCCCCCAGCCUUGCUGGAUGGUUUUGGGGGUGCGGAGAAGCUGUCGCUGCUAGCCAGGCUGGAGGAGGCACAAGCCCGCGGACGGGUGCUGGAAAGGCAGCUGGAGGAGGCGGCGAGAAGGUGGGGACGGGAGAAGCAGGAGCUGGGCACUCGGCUGCGGGAGAGGGAGCACGGCUUCCCCCACGCCCCCGCCUUGAACCUGCCGGCGAUCCCCACGGCGACCCCCCCGAGAAGACCCCUGGCGCCCCUGCCCUAACCCGCGGCCGGCGAGAGAAGAGACGGAGAAGCCCAACGCUGGCAGGCAGAAGCCGGCGCUUUUUCGCACGAUGAAAUCGCAGAGCAAAAUUCAAGGCGAAGCGAAACAUCUGG